AUGCCAGGCUCUGCAUACGCUUCACAACUGGCUACCAUCUACUCCAAUAAUGUUCCAAAGACCGAUUACGAUGUGAUUAUAGUUGGAGCUGGAGUUCUUGGAUCUGCUAUGGCAUCUGCGCUAGGAAGGGACGGACGUCAUGUACUUCUUAUUGGUAAAUCAAACAUUGCAAACAUCUGCAAGCAAUCGCAUCACACAAUACCAAUACUUACGAUCGAAAAUCCAACAUAUCUAGAACGAGACUGGAAGGAACCAGAUCGUAUCGUCGGAGAACUACUGCAACCAGGUGGCAUCAACGCACUUCGCAAACUAGAACUCGAACAUACCAUCACAGGAAUCGAUGGAAUCCCUGUUAAGGGCUAUGUCGUGAUUAAGGAUAAUGAGCCACAGGUCUUGACGUAUCCUAUGAGUGAAAACCCUAUACCUGCUGCUCCAAAGAAAAAUGGAAAUGGGCUGGUCAAUGGAUUUGCGAAUGGACAUGUUGGUGAUGAGAAGAAGCAGACGAGUGUUGGUGAAUCGUUGGGUAUAUCCUUCCAUCAUGGGAGAUUUGUUAUGAAUUUGAGGAAGGCUGCGAGGUCUGCUCCAAAUGUUACAUGUCUGGAAGCUACAGUCGCAUCAUUAACAAAAGGCCCAGUCGGAGACAUAAUAGUGGGCGUAUCUGCUACCGUGAAGAAGGAAGAUGGAGAAUCACAAGAACGUCAAUUCAAUGCACCAUUAACAAUAGUAGCCGAUGGCUGCUUUUCCAAAUUCCGUAAACAAAUCAAUCCUGAAAAAGAUCCAUUGCUGAAAUCCAACUUUGUUGGAAUAAUAUUACAUGAUUGUCCACUUCCAUACCCUAGUUACGGACAUGUCGUGUUGGCAAAGCCUAGUCCUAUAUUGUUAUAUCAGAUUGGAACUCAUGAUACCCGUAUUUUGGUCGAUAUACCUGGAAAAGUACCUAGUGCUGGUAACGGCGAACUCAAGGAAUACAUGAAAACAACAGUCUCCACCCAGCUCCCCCUCGCAAUCCAACCCAGCUUCCUCGCAGCCCUCGAAUCAGACCGUCUCCGCGCAAUGCCAAACAGCUUCCUCCCACCUACAACCAACAAGCAACAAGGCGUCAUCCUCCUCGGUGACGCCAUGAACAUGAGACAUCCUCUUACCGGUGGUGGCAUGACUGUUGCAUUAUGGGAUGUGGUGCACGUCCGUGAUUUACUGUCAAGAGAUAAAGUGCCGUCGUUAAGUGACUCGAAAGCUGUUGUUGCAUCGAUGAAGAGGCUGCAUUGGAAGAGAAAGCCGUUGGCUAGUGUGGUCAAUAUUUUGGCGAUGGCGUUGUAUGAUUUGUUUUCGGCUGGUGAUAAUCCAUUACUCAAGGACUUGCAAGCAGCAUGUUUUGGAUACUUCAAGUUAGGUGGUAUAUGUGUAUCUACUCCUGUUGGUCUGCUGGCAGGCCUCAUCCCAUCACCCAUAACACUAAUACUCCACUUCUUUGCUGUCGCACUCUAUGGCACCUUCCUGAUUUGCAAGUCCGGACCAUUCUACAAGCUACCAUUUAAUAUCAUUCGAAGUGUGCAAGUACUUUAUAAGGCUGUUUGUGUUAUUGGGCCUGUUGCGCUGACAGAGUUGAGGAAUUAG